AUGCGCGAGGUGAACUUCAGCAUCCCCAACGCAAACAAGGCGUCUGUCGGUAUCACCACCGCCCUUUAUGACCGCCGAGCGCUGGAUUGCACCUCCACCCUCCCUCUCAUCAACUCUUUGAACAACCUUGCAUACCUCACGACAUCAUCUGGCCGCAUUCGGGACAUUUUGACCGUCGAUGGCGGUAUCGAGCGCCUGGUAUGCAUUCUCAAAGAGGGGCGGAGCAAGGACAUGAUGGAGAUGUGGAAAUGGAACCUGGCCUUUCAGUGCAUAGUAAACAUUGGCGUUCGAGGCUCGGAAGCAGUGCGGACGCGUGUUGUUGAGGCCGAUAUGGUUCCUGUCAUCGCCACGAUUCUGGACAACUACUUUCAAGUAGUGGAGAAGUGCCGCGAAAGGCAGGAAUUGGAGAGCCGAAGGAAAUGCCCCUUCUCCAGAGGCUUCUCUCGCUCUUCCACUCGUAACAAUGAAGCUUACGAGCGACGGACACGACGACACGCCCCGCCACCAAUCUCGAUUCCCGAUGCCAGAGACGACCCAGAGGCUGAUGAACCUACGAGCGAGGUUACACCCACCGCCCAUACCGCUAAUUUGUCCCUCAGCUCGCCGCCCGAGAGGACUCUCUUCACCCGGCAGCACAGCCAUCAAAGGUCGCAAGGCUCCAGAGCACAGUUCACUACACCAACUAGCUCAAACAACCGCCCAGCAGAACCACCAAUGUCCGCCGUAACAUUGCAGAGCAACUCCACCAACCACUUUGUUAGACCGGUCCGCGAUAUUGACAGACUGCCCUCAAUGGUGCCUCAACUCCACGCCGAGUUGAGCUCACAGCCUCAAUCUCCAACAACCCCCGGUGCACCGGUACAAAGGUCUCACAGCCCCAGAGCGUCUGGGAGCGAUAUGCGACCUCGAAGGCGGCCCUCCAUCCGACACCAGCUCUCGAUCUCGGGAUCAGACGAUGAUGGACAGCUUGAGGAGAGCGUCUCUGAUGAAUCGAACGCCAACGAAGCCGAGCCAAUGGUCGGCAUUCAAAGCGACAUCGUGAUGCAAGACAUUGUAGACGAUGACAGCGGGCUUGAGGCACAAGGGAAUGGUGUUACUCUCGCAGUACCGGACAUGUCCAGCCGCGAAGACGACACCUUCAACAUCACGCACAGAUCAGCCGAUGGAAGCAUAGUGAACCCUGCAACGACGCCAACCCAAAGGCAAAUGAACCAGACGCAACUACCACCUCCCGUAAACUCGGUCAAUGCGACACCUCCAAACCUAAACGCACCGGCAUGGUACCCCUCAAGAGGACUUCCCCUCGACAGACCAGCUCCCGCCAGCAUGCUCGCAGCAGUCCCGCGCGAUGAAGAUGUUUUGAUGUCUCUGCAACUCCUGGCCUAUGUAUCGAAGUACUGCAAUCUGCGGUCAUACUUCCAACAGUCACGACUCGUACCUAGACUCAUGAUUGGGAAAGAUCUUCGGAUGCUCGAUCCAGACUACAACCCAGCGACAGACUCAACCCCAACACAGGAAGAGCUGGACGAUGAAUGGGACAACGAGUUUGUGAAGAAGCCUGGGGAGAAGCCUUACAACAUCUUCCCCUUGAUCGAGAAGUUCACGGCAAAGCCAUCCUCAUCACGACAUGCCAACCCAACAUCCCCACAGCAAGGGGAUAUGCAAUACUGGGCUGGGGUAGUGAUGCGAAACUUGUGCCGAAAGGACGACAGCCGAGGGGGCAUCAGGCAAUGCGCUUACUGGCAAUGUGGGAAGUGGGAAGAAUUCACACGCCAAUUCGCCAAGUGCCGACGAUGCAGGCGGACGAAAUACUGCAGCAAGGAGUGCCAGAAAGGAGCUUGGGGUAGUCACCGGUUUUGGUGUGUUGCUGCCGAGGAUGGUAGAGAAGGCGAAGCUGGAUCAAGUGACAGACAUCAUCACCGUCACCACCGCUCGCACCACCAUCACCACCACUGA